CUGCACAGUGAUACAAACUAAUCAGAAACACAAACAUCUGAGUGAUCCAUUAUACUGCACUGUGCCGAUACUAAACUUAAUCGUAACUAGAUAUGUAAUAUAGUUCGAUUGGAAGACAAGAAAACUAGUAUCUUUAUACCAAAAAAAAAAAAAACUAGUAUAAAUUACUGCAUACAUUCAUCAACAACUAAAUCAGCAACACUCUCAAAAUGCAGAAACAACUCAGUCACAACAUACUUCGCACCCUCUUCAUCUUCACCAUCAUCCUUCUCUCCACACUCACCUUUUGUUUAGCAAUUGAUAAUGCAAAAGAGAAAAACCAAAACCCGUUCACUCCAAAGGCCUUCGCAAUUCGCUAUUGGGACAGAGUAAUAAAAAACAACUUGCCAAAACCAUCCUUCAUUUUUUCAAAGGCUUCGCCGCUUAGCGCCGUCGACGCAGCGGCUUUCGCAAAACACGCUGCCGCCAACACGCUAUCCACAAAGUUGCCGGAAUUUUGCUCCGCCGCACACCUCCUCUGUUUCCAAGACAUAAAUCCAAGCCUCGAGAAAUUCCCUAAGGACACUGAUUUCGCAGUUUACAACAAAGCCGAGAAUUUCACUAACUACGGAACGAGUCAACCCGGUGGACUCAGCUCGUUCAAAAACUACUCCAUCGGUUUAUUAAGCGCCGAGCUCAAUGAAUUCCGAACAUACAGCCGCGACUCCGCUAGCCACAAUGAAAGCUUCACUACCUACGCGGAGAACACUAACGCGGCGGAAGAGAAAUUCAACACCUACGGAACCUUCGCUGCCGCCGGAUCAGGCGAUUUCAAAGUAUACGCUAAAGAUUCAAACGUUCCUAACCUAGAUUUCAACACCUACUCCGUUUCCACCGCCGGAAGAGAACAAACGUUCACAAGCUACAGCGAAGCCGGAAACGCCGGUAACCAGAGUUUCACAAAUUACGGCAAAGAUUCCACCCGCGCCGCUAACCGUUUCACGGCGUACGGAACAAGCGCUAACGUCUUCAAUUCCGAUUUCUCUUCCUAUACAGAAAAAGGUACGAGCGCUAACGAUACUUUCACGAACUACGGUUUUAAUCUGAACAAUCCAGUUAAUAAUUUCAAGGAUUACGGUAAGGGAAGUUCCAGUGCGAAUGAGAAGUUCACAGAAUACAGAGACGAAGCUAAUGCUGGUAGUGAUUCGUUCAAUUCGUACGGUGAAAGUUCACGUGCUGGAAUCCACGUUGAUUUCAAUAACUACGGUCGUAAACCUGGUUUUCCAAAAUUAGGAAGUGACACUUUUAAAGGCUAUGGUAAAGAAGCUGAUUUAGAUCAUAAGAUGAGUUUCAAAAGUUACGGUGUUGGUAACCCCCUCAAGGAUUACUCCAAAAAUGGUAUUUCAUUUUCUAGUUAUACUAAAUCUUCUUCAACUAACUCUGUUACCGUUAAUGGUAGUUUGGUAAAAAAUUGGGUUCAGCCUGGUAAUUUUUUCCGCGAAGGGAUGUUGAAGGAAGGGACGGUUAUGCCAAUGCCGGAUAUAGUGGAUAAAUUACCAAAAAGGUCUUUUUUGCCCCGAUCUAUUUUGACUAAAUUGCCAUUUGCAUCCUCCAAGUUAAAUGAGAUGAAGCAUGUUUUUAGGGUGGCUGAGAAAUCCUCUAUAGAAAAGAUGAUAGUGGAUGCGUUGAGUGAGUGCGAGAGGUCUCCUAGCCAAGGUGAGACUAAGCGUUGUGUGGGUUCGAUUGAGGACAUGAUUGACUUUGCAACUUUUGUUUUGGGCCGUAAUUUGACAGUUCGGUCCAUUGAAAAUGUAAAUGGAUCAGGUAAAAAUGUUAUGGUUGGUCGGGUUAAAGGGAUAAACGGUGGAAAAGUGACACAAUCGGUGUCGUGUCAUCAGAGUUUGUUCCCUUAUUUAUUAUAUUAUUGUCAUUCGGUUCCAGAUGUUCGAGUUUAUGAAGCGGAUCUUUUAGAGCCUAAGUCAAAGGUUAAGAUUAAUCAUGGUGUUGUUAUAUGUCAUUUGGAUACUAGUGCUUGGAGCUCCACUCAUGAUGCAUUUGUGGCUCUAGGUUUUGGUCCGGGUCAGAUUGAAGUUUGUCACUGGAUCUUUGAAAAUGACAUGACUUGGACUACCGUUGAUUGAGGUCGCAGUUACGCCACAUGUCAAUAUGUUUUUUAAAUCCUUGUUAAGUAUGAUAUUAGUGUUGAACUUGUCUUAUGCUUAUGUAAAAGUGUAUCAUUUCAAUUUCAUGUAAAAUAUGAACUUUUUGCUUCUGUAAAAGUAUAUUAUAUGGCUUUAUAAUGAAUGAGAGCUUAAUAAUAUCUAUUUGCUCAUGUAAAAGUAUAUUAUAUGGCUUCAUAAUGAAUGAGAGCUUAAUAA